AUGAUACGAGAAGCGGAGAAUGAGGCAGCCGGCGCAUACAGGGUGAACCCGAUAUUGCAGGAGGCGGAGAGCGAGGCGGUGGAACAGCGAUCGAAGCGGCAAUGGGCGCUGGGUAUUUUCUUCAUAAUAUUGGUGUCGGUGCUGUGGGCCGCCGGUAGCAUCAUCGUGCAGUUCAUCGCCGACGACAUCGGCUACAACCAGCCCUUCGUCUUCACCUACAUCUGCAGCGCGGUCAUGACCUUCCUCGUCCCCUCGUACCUCGGCCUUACCUUUGUGGGCCUCGCUCACAACCCUCCCUUCCGGGAUAGAGCAGCAGGAACAGCGGGCGAUGACAGGGGGCCCGCUUACAAAGAGCUGGCGGGACGAGAAGAAACGGAAGAUGACCACGAGGCAGAUAUCACCGUUGUCCCUGGCUGCACCCCCCAAGGUGGGCUAGCUAGCCCCGAACACGAUGAGGUGGUAGAGAUGACCGUUGUCCCUGGCUGCAACCCCCCAGGCGGGCUAGCUAGCCCGGAAGACGAUGAUGAGGCAAAGAUCACCAUGGCCCCCGGCUCCAACCCCCCAGAUCGCUCUCCGGAGAAGCCGAGGAUGCGGAGCCACCUCUUCAUGCUCAAGGCUGGUCUCUGCGUGUCCCUGGUGUGGUUCUUCGCGCAGUGGACGUACAACACCUCCCUGGCGUACACCAGCGUCACCAGCAGCACCAUCAUCGCGAACUCGUCGGCCCUGUUCACGUACCUGUUCAGCGUCGUGGCGCGGACGGAGCGUUUCACCAAGACGAAGACCGUCGGGGUCGCCCUGGCGCUGUUGGGGGCUGUCAUGGUGGGCUUGGGCGACAAGGAAGAUGGCGAUUCCGCGCACGACUCGCUGUGGGGAGACGCGGCAGCGCUCAUGUCUGCUGUAGGGUACGGAGUGUAUUCAACGAUCCUGACAGUACUAUGUCCUUCCGACGACGAGGUGUCAAUGAGUCUCGUGCUGGGGUACUUGGGAGUCGCGAACGCGUUGAUAUUCCUGCCGCUGGUUGUCGGGCUUGCGUACGCGCCGGGCAUGCACAUCCUGCACGGGCUGACAUUCCACAUUGUCCAGCUGAUCGUCUUCAAGGCCGUCAUGGACAACGUCAUCUCCGGGCUAUUGUGGGCCCGAGCGAUUCUGCUCACGACACCAACGGUGGCCACCGUGGGGUGCUCGCUCACGAUCCCGAUCGCGUUCGUGUCGGACUUCGCCAUGCACGGGAAGGUGCCGAACCCCCUCGCGGUCUUGGGGGCGUUCCUUGUCGUGGGCGGCUUUUACUUCGUCAGCGACAGGGAGGGCGGCGGGGUCGGCGGCGGCUCCUCCGAUGGGGGGGGAGCCUGCUGCAAUGCCGCUGGGGAAUGUCCGACCGAGAGAAAAUUUUGUCUCAGGAGGACACGGGCCAAGUCGGACGAGAGCUGA